AUGGCUCUGGGUGUUUGGGCUUGGAAAGCAUUAGUCGAGUGGAGGCCUGCGGUGAUCCUGGCGGCCAUCGACUGUGCCGACGAGGACAACCAGCAAGUGUGCUCCGAUUUUGGGAUAACCGGCUUCCCCACGAUGAAGUUCUUCAGAGCUUUUAGCAAGAAGGCAGAGGAUGGGAUAAGGAUUACCAAUCCCAGUGCCACGGUCGAGGACCUGCGCCAUGCCAUCAUCACCAACCUUGAGCAGAGCCAGGACUCCUGGCCACCCGCCUGUCCUCCGCUGGAGCCGGCCAGCGCGGAGGAGGUUCGCACUUUCUUCCAGAGGAACAAGGACCAGUACUUGGCGCUGAUCUUUGAGAAGAGCAACUCCUUCGUGGGCAGAGAGGUGGCCCUGGACAUGCUGCAGUAUGAGAAUGUGGCAGUGAGGAGGGUGCUGAGCAGCGAGGAGGAGCUCGUGGAGAAGUUCGGGGUCACCACCUUCCCCUCUGGAUACCUGCUCUUCCGCAACGGCUCGUUCUCCCGCCUGCCUGUGCACAUCGAGGCACGUUCCUUCUACACCUACUACCUGCGCACGCUCUCGGGCAUCACCCGCGGCUCCUACAAGCUGAACACAACCAGCAGCCCCUCCAACGAGACCGACGCGGCCCCGCUGAUCCGCGCAGACCGCUCAGAACUUCAUGUGGCUCCUCCUCUGCUUGCCCCCAGCCAUCACCCUUUGCCUGUCCUGGUGAGCCAGCGGUGCCUGCAGGCUGCCCUGCUGCUCCCAGCAUGGAGUCUGUGUUUCCUCAGCCCUCUCCCCUCUCUGCAGUACUUCCCCGGGCGCCCCUGCGUGCAGACCUACCUGCAGACCCUGGAUGGCUGGCUGAGGAACUGGACGGAGCCCGAGCUGCCCCGCGAUGUUUUGAAGGAGGCCAUGAAGAAUAACAAAGAUGCCUCCAGCCCCGCCGUGCUCCCCACCAACGUGACCUGGGUGGGCUGCCAGGGUAGUGAACGCCACUUCCGUGGCUACCCCUGUGGGCUCUGGACCAUAUUCCACCUGCUGACCGUCCAGGCUGCCAAGAACGGCCCUGACAAAGAGCUGCCCCUGGAGGUGCUGAGCACCAUGCGCUGCUACGUCCGGCACUUCUUCGGCUGCCAGGAGUGCGCCGAGCACUUCGAGGCCAUGGCGGCCAAGUCCAUGGAGCGGGUGUCGAGCCGGGAGGAGGCCGUGCUCUGGCUCUGGUCCCACCACAACGAGGUCAACGCUCGCCUGGCGGGAGGUGACACAGAGGACCCCAAGUUCCCCAAGCUGCAGUGGCCUCCGCCGGACAUGUGUCCCCAGUGCCACAAGGAGGAGCGGGGGGUGCAUGCCUGGGAGGAGCCGGCCGUGGUCGCCUUCCUCAAGGCACACUUCUCCCCGGCCAACAUCUACAUGGACUAUGCCGAGCCCGACCCCGUCCCUGGGGCCAGGGAGGGGACCAACACCAGGCUGGGCACCGAGGGCCCGCGAGUGGAGAGGGGGAGAGAAGAGGCAGAGGAGGACAAGGAGGCGGAGGGCGAGGCGAGGGCUGCGGGGCGGCCGGCCCUGGCGGAGCCGCGGCGCCCCAGCAUCGUGCGGCUGAUCCCCAAGAUGGGCGACGACAUCGUGGACCUGGACUCCUUCAGCGACCAGCACUUCAAGACCCAGGCCCUGCGGGCCGCGUCCGGCCGGCGCCGCAGGAUCAGCAAGCGGGACACCAUCGCCCUGCCCCAGGACGAGGGCAGGGAGCGCCGGCGGGCACCCAGCAUCGUGCUCCGGGAGGAGGAGGGGGAUGUCGGGGAGGGCCUGCGGAGGAGCCCCUGGCUGCGGGUGCUUGGAUUGGGCUUCUCCCGCCUGGACAUCAGCCUCUGCAUCGCCCUCUACUUCCUCUCCUCCAUGUGCCUCCUGGCCAUGUACACCUUC